AUGCGUAGUACCUAUGAGGACCUGGCAAUCAAUGAAAGUGAGACGUACAACAAUAUGCGACACACCAAUGCAACCCGCAGUGUAUUUAGGCGUGUAGGAAUUGCGGAGCAGAGACGGAGAAGGAGCUGGUCCGGGCAAUCUGAAAUGAUCAAUGAGACUGAAAACUGGAUCGAUUGUCGUGAAGAAGGGGAACGUGCCUUAGGGGCUUGGAAGCGCAUUUCCUCUGCCCACGCAGUGGCGACGGAGAGUGUGCGGGUGAAGCGUGGUGGCGAGAGAGCCCAGGGACGCAGGAGCCCUCAAGUCCUCCUCGUGGAGGCGCAAGAGGCGCGGCGAGGAGCUUCCCCCGGAGCUCAAUCGCUCCCCGCGGAGUCACGACCUCGCCGUAUCGCCGUCCUCAUGGCCACAGGCGCCGUUCUUCGUCGUAUCAGAUUUAAAGUUCGAUUUCUUGAACAGCGUGUUCGAAGGGAAUAUGGAGAGGAAUGGAAGACAUUCGAGAAAUCGAAAGAAUUCGAGUUAUUGAGGACAGAGUUUUCCAGGUACUUGAACACAGCAAGUUUGCAACGCUGCAAUGCGUGGGCUGCCCGGGCGGCGUGCCCUUGGGGUGCGUGGCUAAGCGAGUUGUGUGCGCACCCCGUGCGUGACCUGUGCAUGGAAAUGAAGCGCUUCUGCUCCGAUGUCACGAGCCCCGCUAUGCGAUCUGGUAGCGCACACAUGAAGUUCCCACCAGACUACCCUUACUCGCCCCCGAGCAUUAGGUUCCUAACGAAGGUGUGGCAUCCCAACGUGUACGAGGGCUCCGACGUUUGGAGUUCUGGUCGAUCGCGUGCCCUUGGCGCCCUGCCCAGCGCGCCGCCCACUCUGCCUUCGGGAGAGGACGUUUCUCUGAAGCGGAGGGAGGCUGCGAAAAGCUGCUUUUCUGGGCCUCAGACGGGCAGCAGUUUGAUGAAUGGAGAUCUUUGCAUUUCAAUCCUGCAUCCCCCUGUGCAUGAUCCCCAGAGUGGAGAGCUUCCAUGUGAGAUGUGGAAUCCUACUCAGAAUGUUCGAACCAUUUUGCUGUCUGUAAUUUCACUUCUUAACGAACCUAAUACUUUCAGUCCUGCCAAUGUGGAUGCAUCAGUUAUGUUUAGACGUUGGAGAGAUUCCAAGGGAAAAGAUAAGGAGUAUGAAAAUAUAAUCAGGAAACAGGUUUCUGCUGCUCGCUUGGAAGCUGAGAAAGAUGGUGUUGUUGUUCCCCUCACAUUGGAAGAUUAUUGCAUCAAGACCAAGGUGAAGCCUCCAGAGCACAACGUGGAUAUGACGGACUUCUAUGAUGAUGAUUAUGAUUUAGAUGAUGACGACGAUGAUGAUAAUGAAGGUGAAGGUGCAGAAUCCGGAGAUGGUGAAUAUGAAGAUGGGGAUGAUAGUGGAAAUGGUGAAUCGUGAUAAGAAUGUUGUGACAGCACCAACACACAGACAUUAGCACAAGUGGAUGAAAUGACUCAUCAUCCUGUGAAUAAAGUUCAUUUUCAAGGGGAGGGGUUGUCACAUUCAUUAUUUUCAUCGUUUUUUCCCCCACUGGUUAGUUAUGUGUUGAGUGAUUUUACAGUGGAUAUUGUGCGGUUUAAGCUCUUGAUUCUUAACAGCAAGUUUAAGGAGUGCAGCUAUGUUCUUUUCUGUAUGGUUUCUAGAACUGAAAAAUGUAUGGUUUGCCCAUUUAUGUGGAUCAGUCUGAUUGUAUUUUUCAAAACAAUUGGUGUUUUGAAAUAUUACACAAUGAUAUGGUGUGACAAGAAGUAAUAAAAAAUAUGCUUUUAGAGCUGUGUUACUAUGAUAUAUUUCUGUAAACAGUGUCUUUACAGAUGUCAUGUAAUAUACCAAGGAGAAAAUGUGGUGUAGCAUUUAGGUUUUAUUAUGCGUAUUGUGCACAUGUAUUGUCAUUUCAAUGACCAACAUCUUUGCGGAUAUUACUGAAGUAGUGUCAUAUAUUGGUAUUACAGUUUCUCCUGCAUUGUGUGUAAUGUAAGAAUGCCAUACAAGUGUCUGCUUUAUCUACCAGAUCACCCUCACUGAUUUAGGCUCCUUCAGUGAAAAUUCAGUUCAGUGGCGUUGUAAAUUCUUGCAAAAUAUCCUGGCUCCAAUGCAGUGUGUAUUGAUAUGAUUGGAUAAAUACUAUCUUUACAAAUACAUUAAGGUUAAGGAAUUUAAGAUAAUGUGCACCUUCUCACUUCCUUAUGUCCUUAUUUGUAUCUGUAACUGUAGUGUAUCUGUUGGCAACUGUGAAGCAUGAAAAAAAUAGUAAAACUGUAUUGUGAUCUUGUUUUACUUUAAUAAUAAAAAUAUCUAAACUCUGUUAAGUUUUUUUAUCAUUCACACAGUCCAAAAAUGUGCCAGUCGUUUUACAGCUGAGUUGUUUGCUGUAAAUGAAGGGUUUUUGUGAUUUUUUUGUAUUUAAAAUAUCAUGCAUGUGUCAACAGAUAUGUUAAACUAAUUACACAAAUAAAAUUGAAACAAAAAUUGAGAGUUUAUCUCAGAAAUUAUUGGAACAGGCUACAUGUUUCAUAAAUGAUUAAAGUCAAUGAAGUUUGAGAAUAAAUGUAUUAUGACCUAAUUAGUCAUAAGCAAAUAAUUUCCUAAACAAAACAUACUAUAUGUAUGCUCAAAUUGUUGAAAAAUUAUAUUAGUUGUGUUUAUGUCCAAGUAGGAAACCUCUUCAUUUCAUCAAAACCUUACCUAAUUUAAAUUGUUGUGGAAGGAAUAUAAUUAGUAAUUUUAUGUGAUUGUAUCUGGGGUGAACCUUUGUAUAUGGGAUUAGCUUAUUUCUUAACUGUAAUUUCUCGGGGUGUAAUUUGUAAAAAUAUUCAAUUUUCAAAGAAAAAAUGCUGUACUUCAAGUAUUCAAAAUUUUUAAUUUUAGUUUCUCUUUCAAAACAAUAAUACUGUGAAGAAAGAUCAUGAGUGAAUUUUUCAGAAAUAAACAUUGAACAAUUAUUUUUGUAAGAAUUAUCUAAUCAUAUGAAUGAAUUUCACAACUUAGCCUAACGAAGAAAGCAAAAGUUGACAAAAUAAUCUAUUUUGUAUAUGUUAACAUUUUCAAAAGGAUUAAUUGAUAUGAUGGCUAUGGAAAGUGUUAAGUUGAGGUCGUUAAAAACAGUGAGAGUUAGCUUUUUCUAAUGAUACUGCAAUUCCUAGCUGAUUCGGAGCAAAGCAAUAUUUAUGAUACUGUAAGAAUGGUAGUUAUGCACAAAGAUGAAAUGUUUCUCAAAAUACUUUCCCAUCUACUGAUGUACUUUAUACUUAGUUUAAAGUAAAUUUACUGAUUUUUGUUGAUUGAUUUCUUUGUAAGUAAAUAGUUUGAUGCAAUAAUGGUUGGAAAAGGCAUUUCAAAGAGUACUUGUUGAUUACAGAAGUGUAGAAUUUGGACUGUGAGAAGAGGCCGAGGAGAGGAACUAUUUUUUCUGGGAGGUUGGAGAAUGGGAGGUUUACAAGCUUGAACAUUGCUUUUCUUGACAAAUUGUUAAUGGCAAAGUUUACAAUUUAAACUUUUUGUUUCCAUGAUUGUACAUUUUUGCAAAUUGUAUGUAUAAAUAUAUAAACUUAUUGUGAUAAUUUAGGUGAAUUAUUUCAGUAGAUAUAUUAUUACCUAAAUUCUUUCAUAAGGUGAAAAUUGCCUUAUUCAAAUCAAUUAUUUAAUAUGGGUGAAAAAAUAUUUACAGAAAUUCAUCGGUAACAGUAUCAUAUUUUCAAGAACAAUUGUAAAUUAAACAAGUCAUUGAUCAGUAUAUGAGGUAAUCAUUAAGCAGUAGUUGAAACGUGACCUUCAGCAAUAUUUUGUUUUAAGACACAGGUUGUGAAAUGUGAAGUAUGAAUCUCUUGCUGACUUAAUCUAACUUUUAAUUCAAUAUUUCAUUGUAGAUGCAGAACACUAAGAAACACAUUCAUCUUUACAUAAGUUGACUGACAAGAUAAAUAUUAAGUAUAUGUAUGCGUACAAUUGGGCUCUAGUGUGUUACAAGUUGGCUCCAGAUGUUUUAUCACUGGUUACAUAGUUUAAACAAUAAAUUUUAAUAAAAUUAAGAGAAUGAGCACUUAUCUGCCAUCAUUUGUUCUUCAAGUUAUUUUCAAGACCAACUAUGAUAAAAUACAAGAAUAUCCUUACACAAAGAGAAGGCAAAGCAAGUGUUUUAAGUUCAAAGACUGGCUAUUUUUAAUUGGGAAAGAUCAGUGAGGGGAUAUAAAUGUAUGGAAAGUCUGGCUGUCUGACACAUGUGUCCCACUACAGAAAAUGUUCUGUGAUUAUAAUUAUAAGUGAUGCAUUACAUUUUUUUAAAGUGAAGGUGGUUAGCAAGAUAUCCUACAACUGUCCUCUUCAACACAUGUACAGAUUUAGGUAAAUAAACAUUUCAAUUACAUUUUCAGAAACGUUUUAACAUUGUAGUCACAAAGAAUAGUGAUUGAAUUGUUCCAGAAUUUGCAAAUGCUCCUCAUUUGAUCAGUUUAGGAAAAUAAGAUCAUGAUACAAUAUUUUUGGGGUAUUCAUUUGUUCCAUUCUCUGCGUAUGAACUACUUUUCAAUUGUAUUAAAACUUCUGUACUGUUUAAAUAAAGUCAUUUUUUAGUUUAAUAUAGGGACUAAAGUACUAAUAAAUGUAUUUGCAAAUUUUAGAGCUCAUCAUAUUUUUUAAUGUUUUUAAGCUAUUGUUUAUGUGAAUUAAUUUGUUUUUAAUUUAAUUUCAGUUUAUCUUAAAAAUGCAGGGUGUUCUAAAAUUGUGUAAUUUUCACAAAUAUCAAUUUUGUGGUUUAGCUUUUCUUCAGAUUUUUUGUGUGCAGUUUAUUGCUCCUUGAUUUAGAUCAGUAAUUCUGUUUUAUCGUUUUAAAAUGACACAAUGGAGAAAAAAGAUAAAGUGUAAGAGAACAUAGGAAACGGUAACAUGUAUUAAUGUCGAACAUGCCUUUCAUGGCAGAGAGGUGGUGUGCAUAAGGCAUUAGAUUUUAGUUUAUUGCUGGAGUUUUCAUUCUGAUUCAUAGGUUAAUAACUAUUUAGUAAUCUGCCUUCCCUGCCACUUUUCAGAACACAUUAAACAAUUAGAAAAGUAAUUAUGAAAUUGAAUUUAUAGAAUUCCUUAAUUAUGUUCUUUCUGACACUACAUUGAAACACAUUUACCUUUUUUGUCUCCCUCCUCCUACAUUGAACACAUCUCUUUGUCACAAAUGUGAUGUAUGGUCUUUUCUCUUGGUUUUGUUCAUGGACCGCUGUGAGCAUUCCACAAAUACAGAGUUGCUGAUGUGAAAUUACACAAUGAAAUUAUUAUAUUGCACCCAGGUAUUCAAUCAUAAACUAAAUGUAUUCUACAAUGUUCACUGCAUGUUUCAUUUAAUUUUAUUUUCCUUACAGUAAAAGAGAAUAACAUGUAUAAAACGUAAAAAAAUAUUGACACUUCAUAAACGUUAAAAAUAGUUUGAAUUCAGCUUUCUGAGAGAGAAUACCGUACUUAAGUAUCUUAGAACUUCAUAAUAAAUCUGCAAGUGUGAGAUUAAUGAAAAAUGUGGUGACAGUAUAAUGCUUUGUGAAUAUUUAUCUAUGUAUGUGGACAUGAUAUUUAAUAUCUGAUAUUAUUUUGAAUUCAAAGACCUAUUUUCUUUCAAAUUAUUUAUUUUUCUAGAAAACAUCCAUUUUAUUAUAAAACUGUGUUUUUAAAAUUAGGUAAAAUUGUUGUUUGCAUUAACAUAGUUUAAAAAAAUAUGCCAGGAGUGGUUGCAAAUGUCAAUUUUCUAAAAAAGGAAUUACCAUUUUUGUUAUAAGAACAGUAAUUGUAAGUUUCCUGUGCAAUGUUCUAACUAUUGGCAUGAAAGUCUGUUAAAUCCUUCACUGCUUUGUAAACUGAGCAACACAGAACAGAUCAACGAAACUCUGAAGACAUCUCAAACAAGAGAAUCAAAUGUCUGCAGGAUUUGGAAAUCUAUGAGUGAAGAAACUUCAUAUGUAAAAGCAUUAUUAAAACUGAAUUCAAGGGAACAGGAAUACGUAGUAUAAUGUGAUGUAUAAAUAUACCACUUGGAAGUUAUAAAUCUUUUGUUCUAAAAAAUGGAAAAAGUGAUAUGAACUACAAAACACACCAUUAAUUUAAUACUUGUGUUUGAUAUUUUAUAGUAAAGCCCUGCUUUUACAUUCCUGGAAUUUA